AUGAACAACAGCGUUUCUAAUCAACUUGAUGAGAACUUGUCUGAAGACAUUCUCAAUGAAGGUUCCCCAACUUGUAAAGUCAAGGUCUCAAAACGACUGGACAUCAACAUGAACAUGACUCCAUUCAAUCCGUCUAGGUUUGGCAGUCAACUCAAAGAUCAUUCAGAUAGUGUGUGAGCUCCUAAAUCUCUUAAAACUCAGGGUAUUCAAGAGCCUACAAAGAAGAAAUAUUAUGCUGUCAAACACAAAUCGCUCAUGCAGAACGUUCCACACCUAGAGUUGCAAAGUUACUACAGUAAGACAGGACUCAGCUCUGUGCAUCCUCGGAAGAUGUCACUUCAAGACGAAAUCCGGACUUUGCUUCAGAAGUCGGCUCAGCUCCGGAAAAAAAGCUUGCUUGCGAAAGCCCAGAAAACAAGGCCAGCCUCAGAGUCUGAACAAAAGCCUGUUGAAGAAGUUUGAUGAGAAGGCGAAUUAGUCACUUUCGGGAAUAACGACAUCCAUAACAAGUAAACACUAACACAUUCCGUGAAUUGUGUCUCUUUGAUUACAAUAGGGGCUGCAAAUGCUUCAGUAUG